AUGGCGAACAAUGAUCUAAACAGGAUCAGUUUCGGGAAUUCUUGUCGUCCCGUCGCUAUGCUUGAAAAUGCCAAACAAUCCAACUUCAUCCAAAGAUCAAGAUUACAUUCAUCAGAAGACCAAAAAAGAAGAGGUUUUAAUUAUUCGGGUCAAACUGUUUACAUCGAUCCCGACAUUUCUGCUGAGCUGCAGAACAAGGUUGUCGAGGUUGCUCGUGAAGAAGGUGCUUUGCUAGCGAACCAGUGGUUGAUCGGUCACAAUGCAACUCAUGUUGUGUGUGAAGGUUCUUCGGUUCGAAAAUAUCUUGGUCACUCCAAUAAUCUUGUUACACCCCUAUGGGUUCUGAAGACCACAAAGGAGUUACGGUCACAGAGGCUCGUCCAUUUGUCCGCUGACUUGGCACGCCAUGUAGGAAUGAUGCUCGGGGGCGUCCCAGGUGGCAUCGAUCUAAAGGAUGGCGAGAGGGUCGAUGGUUGUCGAGAUGAACCUGAAUCGAGCCUCAAAGAGAAGCAAGCCAUCGUGAUCCUUGCAAAAAAAGGGGUCAGGAAUCGUCGUGUGCAGGCGUAUCAAACACCGACAAAACCAUUGGCUCGAAACGUCCUUCUUGAUUCGAUCAAUUGGAGUAUGUCCGAGCCAUCAACAACCGCAUCUAUCUGUAUGGACUCAUUCAGUUUCGAUGAUUCUAAGACGUCUGAAUUUGUCAAUGCAAAUGAAAGUACAAAGGAACCCGAAGCUUGUUUCGUUAAUUUCUUGCGCCCACUCUCCGAAAGGGAAAAGAGUGAGCUAGUUUUCGGAAACCAUUUCAUUACGAUACUAUUUCCGGUGGACCGGUUUCUCGAGAUGGGACCUUGUUCAAGGACGUUUUUCAACGAUGCGGGGUUCACACGUUCACAGUUGUUAGAUCACAUCUACACAUUUUAUCAGGAGAACCUAUCAAUGUCUGAGAUAGAAUUAGCGAUCCACACUGACUCAAGGCAUGCUGACCGGCUAAGGUCAUUGUACUCGAGCAGCGAAGCUGCAAAGUGCGGUUUUGUGGAACUCAAACGCAUCGAACUCUUAGGGAGUCGCAAAAGCUUUGAAAUGCUCAAGCGUGUACCUGGAGACAACAAUAAUAACGUGUACGAGUUGUUGACACGAGCAUAAUCAGCAAACCCGUUGACAAGGAGUCUAGACCACGGGCAACACAAAUGUAGCUUGUACCAGCCUACCAGGCUUGUCAGAUCCAUCACAUCCUUUCGUUCUUUUUCAAAUCAGACAAAAUGCAUCAAAAUAUAAGGAAUUUUUCCUCGAUUCUUAUUGCAUUUUGAUGCAUUUUUCCUUUCCAAUUUAACUCACAUGUAUAAACAUUAAGAAAUAAAGGUUCUAUUCAGGUCCAAGUACAUCCUGUCGUCCCCGACCCACCUUAAGGUGGGAUA